GCUGGAGCCCCGGGUCCCGGCGACCGGAGCCCGCUCCCCCAGCCGCGGCCUGAGGAUUGGGCAUCGGCCUUUCCUGCCCCCCGAGGCUGGAGGGUGGAGGCGGUGGGCGGGGGAGAACGGCUGCAUUCUCAAGGACAGAGAAAGAAGCCCCCAUACGGAUUAUUGGAGGACAGAGAGCCCCCAAGCUUGGGGAUGGGGAGAGCCGGGCGUUGGGCGCCCCCGCAGCGAUCGCUGCUCUAAGCUGACCGGUAUCGGCCGGCUCUCCCCCUCCUGCCAGGCCGACUUGAGCGACCAGAGCCAGGGACUCCUCUCCUUCAGCCUCUGUAUCCCCGCAUCCCCCUGGCUCUGAGGCCAGCCCAGGGAGAGACACCCCAACCCCCCACCUCCUUUGCCCAGGAGAGGACUGCCCUUCCACAUCCCAGAGCCAGGGGCCCAGGUUGCCUGUGUCUCCCAAGGCAAGGGUCUUUCUGUUGAGGAGGAAGGCCCUGGCCAGCCACAACUUCUAUCCUUUUGAGUUCCCAUCUCUGUCACUGCACCCUCCGUAUUUAUUUCCCUGCCCCCUUGCCAGUCCUCCAUCUCUUUCUCUGGGAUUCAGGCCUCCUUCCCUGACAUGGAGAGUAACCUGUCUGGCCUGGUACCUGCUGCCGGGCUGGUUCCUGCCCUGCCGCCUACUGUGACCCUGGGGCUGACCGCGGCCUACACUACCCUGUAUGCCCUGCUCUUCUUCUCUGUCUAUGCCCAGCUCUGGCUGGUGCUUCUGUAUGGGCACAAGCGUCUCAGCUAUCAGACGGUGUUCCUGGCACUCUGUCUUCUCUGGGCCGCCCUACGUACUACCCUCUUCUCCUUCUACUUCCGUGACACGCCCCGAGCCAAUCGCCUGGGGCCCUUGCCCUUUUGGCUUCUCUACUGCUGUCCUGUCUGCCUGCAGUUCUUCACACUGACGCUCAUGAACCUCUACUUUGCCCAGGUGGUGUUCAAGGCCAAGGCGAAGCGUCGGCCAGAGAUGAGCCGAGGCUUGCUGGCCGUCCGAGGGGCUUUCGUGGGGGCCUCGCUGCUCUUUCUGUUGGUGAACGUGCUGUGUGCAGUGCUGUCCCGCCGGCGACGGGCACAGCCCUGGGCCCUACUGCUGGUGCGCGUCCUGGUGAGCGACUCCCUCUUUGUCAUCUGCGCCCUCUCUCUUGCUGCCUGUCUCUGCCUGGUUGCCCGGCGGGCCCCUUCCACUAGCAUCUACCUGGAGGCCAAGGUAGGGCCACAAGUCCUGAUGCACAGGUAUCCUUGGGGAUCUUUGGGCAGUGGUCAUCAGGGUACAGAGGAAGUUGGGAGCCUCCUCUCCCUGAGGAUCCUCUGUUGUCGUCCGUGCCAGGGGACCAGUGUGUGCCAGGCGGCUGCAAUGGGUGGUGCCAUGGUCCUGCUGUAUGCCAGCCGGGCCUGCUACAACCUGGCAGCCCUGGCCUUGGCGCCCCGGAGCCGGCUGGAUGCCUUCGAUUACGACUGGUACAAUGUUUCUGAUCAGGCGGAUCUGGUAAAUGACCUGGGGAACAAGGGCUACCUGGUGUUUGGCCUCAUCCUCUUCGUGUGGGAGCUCCUGCCCACCACCCUGCUAGUGGGCUUCUUCCGUGUGCAUCGGCCCCCGCAGGACCUGAGCACCAGCCGCAUCCUCAAUGGGCAGGUCUUUGGCUCCCGUUCCUACUUCUUCGACCGAGCUGGGCACUGUGAGGACGAGGCCUGCUCCUGGGAGCAUAGCCGGGGGGAGAGCACCAGCAUGUCGGGCAGCCUAGGCUCUGGCAGCUGGUACGGCGCUAUCGGGCGUGAGCCAGGCUGGUGUGGGGGCAGCCAGACGAGGACCACUCCUCUGCUCUUCUCCCAGGUGCCAGGACCAGGUGGCCAUCACCACAGUCUCUACUCGACCCCACAGACGUGACCCCCCCUUGUGCUCCCCCCCAGAGCACUCAGACCCCAGUCCCCCUCACCUUAGGCCCCUGUGCCACGUUUAUCUGCCGCUUCUUGCCCAGGAUCCCGGGGGCCAUGACAGGCACCCCCUCUGGCCGGCUCCUUGCUGCUCCUGUCGUAGUGAGCUAGUGCCGUUGCCCCUAGGAUGGGAGGGCACGGCCCUAGCUGCCAGAUGCCUACAGCGCCCUGGCAUGACCUGCCACCUCCGCUUCCACAUUGGAGCCAGCUACCUCUCCUGUGCCUGCCACUCAAUAAAGUGUCUGUGCCC